UUACCAGCUCAAGCUGUGGCUUAUGAUAAACCAUCAUUUCUUCUUGUAAGACCUGGUGAGCUUGUUAUUCUCAACUGCACAUCAUCUUUAAACUCAGAUUCAAUGGCUUGGUACAAGCAACAUAUUGGAGGAAUUCCUCAGAAGCUGGGAGAAAGAUUAGCAUAUAAUGAUGGCAAAAGUUCAUCUGAGUUUAAUAUAUCAGGACUAAAAGUGGAAACAACAGCAACUGGAAUUUCUCUGUUAAUUCUACAUACAAAUAAAGAAGAUGAAGGAUUUUACUUUUGUGUAACAUUAGGCUUGAGCACUAUUUCAAUUUUCAACGGAACAUUCUUAUCUGUGACGGGUGAUCAAGAUUUAACUGUAUUAGUGAACCAGCAUGCUGAGUUGGACUCAGUUCCUGCAGGAGAAUCAGUAAAUCUUCAGUGCUCGGUUUUCUCUGAGAGCAAAACAGCAGAACAUCAAGUGCUCUGGUUCAGAUCUGCUGAACCACAAUCCCGUCCUCAAAUCAUUUAUACUCAUCACAACAGCAGCCAUCAGUGUAAGACCAGUGCUUCUACAUACACCUGUGUGUACAACUUCUCCAAGAGCAUCCUCACCCUCAAUGAUACUGGUACCUACUACUGUGCUGUGGCCAUGUGUGGAAAAAUCAUUUUUGGAAAUGGAACAACUGUACAGAUGGGUGAGCACUGA